AUGGGCGAGGCGGAGGGCGGCGCGGCUAACGCCGCCGCGGAGAAACCGCCGCUGCCUUCGGCCGGCCCCGGGACCGCCGCGGCGGUCGCUGCCGCCGCCGCUGCUGUUGCGGCCGCCGCGGCGGCAGCCGCUUCCGCCCCGGAGCCCGGAGUGCCGGCGGAAGAGGCGGUGGUGGUGUGGAGCCCCGAAGUGGAGGUUUGCCUCUUCCACGCCAUGCUGGGCCACAAGCCCGUAGGUGUGAAUCGCCAUUUUCACAUGAUUUGUAUCCGAGAUAAAUUCAGUCAGAAUAUCGGACGGCAGAUUUCUUCCAAAGUGAUUUGGGACCAUCUGAGCACCAUGUAUGACAUGCAGGCUCUUCAUGAAUCUGAGAUUCUUCCAUUUCCAAAUAUAGAGAAGAAUUUUAUUCUUCCUGAUGAACUGAUUCAAGAAGUGAGAGAAGGAAAAGUGAUGAUUGAAGAAGAAAUGAAAGAGGAGAUAAAAGAAGAGAUGGAAACACAUGCAGGUCCAGAAGAAGUUUUUACACCCUCUGGAAGUUUAGGAAAAACAACUGAGAAGCCAAGCAGCAAAGAGAAGGAGAAGACUUUGUCAGAUUCUGGGUCCAAAGAAGGAUCUGAUAAGAGGAAACGCAACAGAGUCACUGAAAAGGUCUUAAAUGCCAACAGCAACCCUUCCAGCCCCAGCGCUGCGAAACGACGCAGGACAUAAAGCUGUGAACAACAGAAGUAGCUGACUGUGGAACGUGAGGAGGGAAUAUUAAAAACAAAUAGUAGGAUUGUCAUUAGAUAAACGUUUCUCACAAAGGAAAUGAUAUCUGAGCCAGGUAUUUGAAGAACCUGCACGUUGCCUUUAUGCAUACAGGACUUUGUGCCCAUCCUUGAUCUGUUUGUGCCGUGGCACCAGACUGCACGGUGGCAACCUGCUCAGGGAGCUCAGGGAGAAAGCUGGCAGCAGGGAGGGUUUAUGCAUAUGUAACAGUUGCAGUGUUUGUAUUUCCAAGGAACAGCUCCUGAAAGAAGUGUUCAGUGAGACACAGAGCCUCGAUUCAUGGAAAAUAGAGGGGUUGUAUCUAUAAAUUUUGAACUGGUUGUUUUCGCCUUUGCUUGGUUGCUGUCUUUGAACAUCACAGACCCUCUGUGGGUAAUGCUGUUUGGCCAUUUGUCCAAACAUACCAUUUGUAUCAAAUAUCUGAAUCUGUUGGUUCAGUAAAACCAAAAUCCUUUUAAAUACGACUGCUGUGCUGAGGUAUUCUUUCACACCAUUUGCUGGAGGAAAAUCUACUUCUUUUACCGUUAGUAAUGUAACUUUUUUCAAUCUUGCUAAGCUUGUAUACUGUAACUGAAGUGAAAAUGACAACACCUGUAAGGAGGAUUAUUAAUGAGUCCUAAAUUAAAUAUCCACUGGACUCGCGUGGUUUUGAAAGGGAUCAGCUGAGCUGUGCCUGAACUUGGAGAUGUUGCUUCAUCUGUCUGUACCACAGUCGUAUGUAACAGCAGGUUUUGUACUUCAUUAUUUAUUUUUAAGCAGUUUUAUUGAUGUGGAAUUGGUGUUGCAAAGCGUUGUUCCUGUUCUAUAAUUUAAAAUGUUACUGAUGUUGUAACACUUACCUUUUAUAUACCAGAAUAGUAAGAUUUGAUAGAAAUUACUAUUUUUGAGUUGUGAAAAGAUGGACUGCGGUCAACCAACGUGUGAAAUGGUGACUGAAAGAGGCUGAAACGUGGCUGAAUUUGUCUCACCAUAUCGACGAGCGGUUAAUAAAAAGAAUUACUUUAUCA